UUAGCUAUAUCCUCCAACAUCCCACCUCGAGAACCUCACGCAAGACCCCCCCGCCCUCUCUCACCGACAAAGCUCCUUUCUCAUUCCUUUUGUCACCCCCCCGCUGUUGACUUGUCGUUUACAUCUAGACGUCUACCAUCCUCCCCCAUCGCCAAAGAAUCUCUUCCGAACCACCUCGAAAAUGCGCCUCCUCACAACCAUCGCCCUCGCGGCACCCUUCCUCCUCGACCCGACAGCAGCCGCCUCCCUAACCCUCUCGAUCCCCUCCUCCCAAGCCCUGCCCAACCCCUACACCCUCCCGCCCUCAACCCACGCGACGCUCUCCUCCCUCGGCGCCACCUUCUCCGCGCCCCUGUCGGUCAAAAACACGUUCGUCUUCCACAACCUCACCGACAGCAGCGGCUCCUACCUCGUCGACGUCCACUGCGCGACCCACGCUUUCGCGCCGCUGCGGCUCGACGUCGACGCCGAGGGCGGGGUCGCGGCGUGGGAGACGUACCGCGGUAAUGAUUGGGAUAACAAGGGCGAGGCGUACGUGUCCAAGGACUUUGAGGGCGGUGGGAAGGGGUUCGAGGUUAGGGUGUUGGGGCAGAAGAAUUAUUUUGUGGAGAGGAGCAAGUUCUCCAUCCUCACCAUCCUCAAGAACCCCAUGAUCCUCCUCGGCCUCAUCAGCAUGGGCAUCUUCCUCGGCAUGCCCUACCUCAUGGACAACAUGGACCCCGAAAUGCGCGCCGAAUUUGAAGAACGCCAAAAGAGCAACCCAAUGAACUCACUCCUCGGCGGCGGCGGCGGCGGAGGCGGCGACGCGAACCCCAUGGCCAACUUUGACAUGGCGGGCUUCCUCGCUGGUACCGGUAGCAGCAGCAAGAAGGAAGAGUCCUCCGGUUCCGGGUCCGGUGCCUCGGGCGGUGGUGCCGGUGGUAAGAAGGAGAAGGGCGUGCGGAGGUGAGACUGUGAGCAGGCGAGAUAAUCCCAACGGUGUUCAAGAUUGUUAUCACGGCUUCCUAUGGAGAUAUAGAAUUCUAAGCUACGGCGCUUCUUAAAAAACUACAAUUCCCUAUAAACAAGUUUUUACCAAAUUGCAUGAGCCAAGGAUGUCGGAAGUUCUCAUGUGCUGCCGCUAAUGCUUCUCUCCGUGGCACUGGGUUGCUAUAAUCAUAUGUACCUUAUACCUACCCCAGG